AUGGCUAGUGCAAGUGCGGCCCCGCCCAUCGCGCCCGGGACUAUCACUGGCACACCCGCCGCAGGGGCUCCCAUCGUCGCGCGACGGCGGCUCCCGGCCAACGCAAGCGGGUCCGUCGUCGCCACCGCAGACAGUGGCGCGCCCACCAUGUAUCCCGGCAAACUGGCACCGAAGCUGCCGUGGCCCGACAUCGGGUACCUCGCCCGGUGGUCCGUCUCGUCGUUCAAGUUCGGGUUCGGGGCGGAGUGCCUGACGGACGACGACCCGGACACGUUCUGGCAUUCCGACGGACCGCAGCCUCACUUCGUGACCAUCGAGUUCCCGCGCAAGGUCGCGGUCCAGAAAAUAUCCAUGUACCUCAGCUUCGCCUUGGACGACUCGUACACCCCCGCCACGCUCGCGGUCAGGGCGGGGACCGGGCCCAUCGACAUGCAAGACAUCAGGUUCUUGACCAUCGAGAAGCCGGACGGAUGGGUCACGUUCGACGUGUGCAUAGAGCCGAAUGACGACGGAGAGGGAUUCAAAGCCGUCGACGCGUAUGUCAUCCAGGUCGUCAUCCUCGCGAACCACAUGCACGGGAAAGACACGCAUGUACGAGGACUCAAGAUUCUGGGACCACUGGAACGCAAACUGCGGGCCCAUGAAGAGCUUUUCCCGUUCACGAAUCCGGAGUUCAAGAUGUUUGAGUGCAUUCGAUGA